UAUCCUUAGACAUCUGUGGCUCCCACUGCAGAGUGUCACAAGCAGCUAGACUUUUUCCUCGGAUCUGUCCAACGGACACACUGGAUGAAAUAGCCUACAGCGACUCGCUGUAAGUAUUGUGUUCGAGUAAACGCAAGAUUCAAAAGAAAGCCUAUUUAAAGCUUGAGAAGAAAACGGAGGAGGGUCUCCGUUACCCCCAUGAGAGACAUGGGAGGAAAUGAGAAGAAGAUUCUGGUGAUAGCCAAUGUGCCCAGUUAUGAAAGGUCAGACAAGAAGAUUUAUUGCGAGGAGUCUGGAAAGACGAAUGGAAAUAUGCCAACAUCAGCUGUACCUCCCCCCAUACCCAUGUCUCCCAUUGUUGAGAAGAUGGAGGGGCUGAAGUCUAUUCGCAACCGUAGCAACAGUCUUCGUUUUGGACGGCUGGCCUUCUACAGACACCUGGAGAAAGUGGGAACCAUGCGCUGCUUUUGGGAACUAAAACACAUUGAGUUGGAAGGAGGCAAUCAACAGGACACCAAGAAUAAAGGCAAACUGAAAUUUAAGAGCCUGAAGGCCCAGACGAAGAAGAGAUCCCUGGAAACAUCAGAAUCACUGUUGGGGCUGCCAGGGCAGGUUGACAAAAUCGACAAAAAGAAUGUAUCAGCGACGCAGAGUGGAGAAGAAACCGAAGACUCAGAGGAAGACUCAAAAUUAGAUAAUGAAUCAACAGACAUAGUCCCAGAAAACAAUGGUGACAUAGCAGACGUGUCACCUCAAGCCCCAAGUAAUUAUAAAGACAUUUCUACAAAGACUGAACAUAUGUUUCUCUUCAAACAAGAGAGUAGCUCUGAAGAUGUUGGGGAUGUGGCAUCCUGCAGCAAACGUCGUGUCACAGAAGAAAGCCUGGUAAAGGACGAUCUUAAAAAAAGUCGUGUGGAAGACAUUCAAAAUAAAGAGGCUGAUGAACUGGUGUUGGUAGGAGAAAAGCCACAACACAUUGACUCUGAUGCAGCAAAAACAGAGGUGGAACAAGAAAGAAACAAUGUGGAAUCUGAUGCCGACAAAUUCUUCAUCGACUCAAGUCCUCCACCAACAGCACCAUUUGACCAUCGCAUAGUGACUCCCAAACCUCAUCAAAUCGCCACCUACUAUUCCAUCAACAAAGAAGAAGUCCUAGGAGGAGGACGUUUUGGACUGGUCCACAAGUGUGUUGAGAACUCAUCUGGCCUGACAUUGGCAGCCAAGAUCAUCCGGGCUAAGAGCCAGAAAGAAAAGGAUUUGGUGAGGAAUGAAAUCCAGGUAAUGAACCAGCUAAACCACUCCAACCUCAUCCAACUGUAUGCAGCCUUUGAGUCCCGCCAUGACAUCAUCCUGAUCAUGGAGUAUGUUGAAGGGGGAGAGUUGUUUGACCGCAUCAUUGAUGAGAACUGUAACCUGACUGAGUUUGACACAGUGCUGUUCAUACGCCAGAUCUGUGAGGGACUGCAGUACAUGCACAAGAUGUACAUACUCCACCUCGACCUUAAGCCUGAGAACAUCCUAUGUGUCAGCAGGGCUACAAACAAGAUAAAAAUAAUUGAUUUUGGUCUUGCCAGGAGGUACAGACCAAGAGAGAAGCUGAAGGUCAACUUUGGAACUCCUGAAUUUCUGGCACCUGAAGUCAUCAACUAUGAGUUUGUUUCAUUCCCAACAGACAUGUGGAGCCUUGGUGUCAUCACUUAUAUGCUACUUAGUGGCUUGUCUCCUUUCUUGGGUGAUGAUGACAACGAGACUCUAAACAACAUUCUGGCUUGUCAGUGGAACUUCGAGGAAGAGGAGUUUACUGAUGUUUCUGAUGAGGCCAAAGACUUCAUCACUCGUUUGCUGGUAAAAAGCAAAAGCUGGAGGAUGGGUGCUGCAGAGUCUCUCAGACACCCGUGGCUGUCGGAUCAGAGUUUGCACUACAAGUUACAUUUGAAGAAAAACAAGAACCAGGCCAGACAUGCACCCUCUGUAGAAUGCUAGACAGGAACAUUGUUAAGCCGUCAGCAUGGCUUUUGACAAUGUAGGGCCCUGAUGCCCAAAACUGGACCAAUGCUGCUCUACCUGUAUGGCUACUGGAUAUCAACUGUACUCACUGCCUAGCAUCCCCACAUAGACUUGAAAUAGCUGCUCUUAUCUCUGAUCUGUAGCAAGGUUUUUGCUCUUAUCUCUGACUUGUAGCAGGGUUUUUACUAACAGAACAGAAGAAAUGUUGUCAUUUUAUCAUAUUAGUUGUAAUACAAACAAUGUAUUGUCCUAAAAAGUCUCCAACCGCUUAGUACCAUCAAAGAAAAAAAGAUGUAUAAUCAUUUGUAUAUUUGUAUUCUACUUCGACGUCACUUAAGGUCAAUGUUGGACGUUUUUAAUCACUACUAGCAGGUGCAAGUAAGAAAAAGACUGAACAAGCUUUCUCAGGCGAAAUGCUGAAAAAACUUCACACACGAAUACUAAGGUUAACGGGAGACAAGAAAGCAACCAAGGUAUGGUAGAGGUCUGUGGGAAUGUGAGCCAGUCCAUGGGCUCCAAAAGUUUGUAGACCACCGCAGAAUAUGGUUGUUCAAACUGAAGCUGUCCCAUGUUGUUACAUGCUAAAGCAGCUCCUGAGAUAUUACAUUACCGAACAUUGUAACUAUCAGUUGAAAAUGAUUUCAAGGGCAAAAUAUGAAAGUCAGGAGGAUUGCUGAACAAUUGAGUUCUCUCUAUGCAAUGACAGAGUCUAUAAUGUUACUUGAUCAUUGGUUGAGUCAUAUUUGAUAGUUUACUGAUUUCUUACAUGCAUGACACCUUUAACAUUUUCAACAAGUACCACCUAGGAAAAGACUUGGCUGUCCAUGUAUCACCACAUUGACCAACAUUCAAAUAUCAUAGCCUAGUAGGGCUAAGUAUUUAUGAAAAACAAGGCAGAGGUUUUAUUUAACAAGCAUAUUUAAUACAAACCCUGCUUCCGUUGGGAAAUUGUGUUUGAUGUAAAUAUACCCGGAAUACGAUGAUUUGCAAAUCAUUUUCCACCCAUAUUCAGUUGAAUAUGCUACAAAGACAACAUAUUUGAUGUUCAAACUGAUAAAUAUAUAUAUUUUUUUUUUGCAAAUAAUCAUUUACUUUAGAAUUUGAUGCCAACAACAUGUGACAAAGAAGUUGAGAAAGGUGGCAAUAAAUACUGAUAAAGUUGAGGAAUGCUCAUCAAACACUUAUUUGGAACAUCCCAUAGGUGUGGGAACAGGUGGGUGCCAUAAUUGGGUGUAAAAACAGCUUCUCAAAAAAUGCUCAGUCUUUCACAAGAAAGAAUGUCCACAACUGCAUGAGCAAAUAGUCAAACAGUUUAAGAACAACAUUACUGAAAGUGCAAUUUAGGGAUUUCAACAUCUACGGUCAAUAACAUCAUCAAUAGGUUCAGAGAAUCUGGAGAAAUCAUUCCACGUAAGCGGCAUGGCCGGAAAACAACAUUGAAUGACCGUGACCUUCGAUCCCUCAGAGGGCACUGUAUCAAAAACCGACAUCAAUUUCUAAAGGAUGUCACGACAUGGGCUCAGGAACAUUUCAGAAAACCACUGUCACUAAAUACAGUUUGUCGCUACAUCUGUAAGUGCAAGUUAAAGCUCUACUAUGCAAAGCGAAAGCCAUGUAUCAACAACAUCCAGAAACGCCGCUGGCUUCUCUGAGCCCGAGAUCAUCUAAGAUGGACUGAUGCAAAGUGGAAAAGUGUUCUGUGGUCUGACGAGUCCGCAUCUCAAAAUGUUUUUGGAAAUACUCGACAUCGUGUCAUCCGAACCAUAGGGGAAGCAAACCAUCCAGACUGUUAUCGACGCAAAGUUCAAAAGCCAGCAUCUGUGAUGGUAUGGGGGUGUAUUAGUGCCCAAGGCAUGGGUAACUUACACAUCUGUGAAGGCACCAUUAAUGCUGAAAGGUACAUACAGGUUUUGGAACAACAUAUGCUGCCAUCUUUUUCAGAGACGCCCCUGGUUAUUUCAGCAAACAAUGCCAUGCCACAUUGAGCACGUGUUACAACAGCGUGGCUUCGUAAAAAAAAGAGUGUGGGUACUUUCCUGGCCCACCUACAGUCCAGACCUGUCUCCCAUCAAAAAUGUGUGGCGGAUUAUGAAGCGUAAACUACGACAGCAGAGACCCCGGACUGUUGAACGACUGAAGCUCUACAUAAAACAAGAAUGGGGAAAAAUUCCACUUUCAAAGCUUCAACAAAUAGUUUCCUGAGUUCCCAAACGUUUAUUGAGUGUUGUUAAAAGAAAAUGUGAUGUAACACAGUAGUGAACAUGCCAUUUCCCAACUACUUUGGCAUCAAAUAUCUUGUCUUUGUAGUGCAUUCAAUUGAAAAUGGGUUGAAAUGGAUUUGCAAAACAUUGUAUUCCGUUUAUAUUUACAUCAAAAACACAAUUUCCCAAUUCAUAUGGAAAUGGGAUUUGUAUUUUUGGCCAGUGUAACAGUAGACACAGUUUGAACAAUAACACUGUGUUUGAAUUUAGGAAAAUAAAACAUUGUACUUUAAUCAAGUGAUUAUUUGGCGUACCAUUACAUGAAGCGUACCACCGUUUGAGAAUUCUAACUCCAAGGUUUAGCAAACACAUUGAUGCUAUUAAUUGGAUUGUAUUUUUUGAAAAUAUGUGUUAUUUUAUUUGUGUUUAUGUUCAAGUCUUGUGUAAAACUAUUACUUUUCCCAGAUUAUAGAAGUAAACAUAGAUCUUGGUUUAUGACACCAUUUAACUUUGCACACGCAUUUUACCCUUUAAAAUAAAUGAAACUUUGCCAAUAACUAGAUAGCUCCUGGUUCAUGUUAUAUGCAGCACACAUUUAUGGUAUUUUUGUAUUUGUUGCUGUUCACUUUCAUACAGCCAUGUACCCUUUACUUAAGCAGCCUGGAGUAGAUAACCCCCUCACCUUCCAUGAAGGCAUAAUGAAGAACGCAAUACUACCUGCAUUAAUUUUUCAUGUUUUUGACUGUUAUUUAUGUUCAUUUAUGUAUUGUUUUAACACCAGACUGUAAUUGGAGUGCAUAACUUUAUUAGGUAUAUUUUUCACAGGGGUCAGACAAGACUCCUUCCAUUUCUGCACAUCUUUACUGAGUUUGAUUAAAUGGUGACCAGUUCACAGACAUUAA